AUGAACUGUAUUCUUGUACUUGUACUUGUACUCUCCUUUUUUGGAGUGAUCUCGUGUGGAAUCUGGCCUGGACAUAUUCAGUCAGCUGCUGCCACUGGGAGGCUCCUUUGCCAGGGUCGGCCCAUUCCGGGAGUUCUUGUGAAAAUGAAGGAUUGGGAUCUUUUGGAUCCUGACGAUAAGAUGGACCAAACAAACAGCGAUUUUCGCGGGGUGUUCCUGUUGCGUGGAUGGACGAAAGAAUGGUCGAAUAUCGAGCCUUAUGUCUCGAUUUAUCAUAAGUGCAACUACAAUGGGUGGUGUUCCCGGAAAUUGUCGAUCGAUUUGCCCGAGCAAGCCGUCACUCAUGGAUCGACGACCCCGGCGGGAAUCUUUGAUCUCGGAAUUAUCGAACUUUCAACCACUUGGGACAAGGAAAGCUAUGAUUGUAUUCAU